AUGACCUCUUUGCCCUGCCCCCUCUCUGGCCCAGACGCCUCCAAAGUCGUCUUCCCGGACAUCGCCCCCGUCCCAUCGGUAGUGGCUGCCUACCAGCUCGGCCUGUCCCCCACAACCGCAGCCGCCCCCGAUUUGCCCUAUUCCAGGCCAUAUGGCCACCUCCUGCCCUAUCCCUACACCGGGCCAGCGACCCCCGGAGACUCCUACCUGCCCUACCAGCUACCCGCGGCGCAGUCUCUGCCGUCUCAGCAAGAGCGGGAGGCAGAAUCGGAGAAGCCGCCGCUGUCCCCGGAGCCCUCGGAGCGGCGCCCACAGGCCCCGAUCAAGAAGCUCCGCAAGCCGAGGACCAUCUACUCGAGUCUACAGCUGCAGCACCUGAACCAGCGUUUCCAGCACACGCAGUACCUGGCGCUGCCCGAGAGGGCCCAGCUGGCUGCGCAGCUCGGCCUCACCCAGACACAGGUAAAGAUCUGGUUUCAGAACAAACGCUCCAAGUACAAGAAGCUCCUGAAGCAGAACUCAGGGGGACAGGAAGGGGACUUCUCUGGGAGGUCCCCCUCCCUGUCUCCCUGCUCCCCACCCCUUCCAUCCCUCUGGGAUCUACCCAAGGCAGGGGCCCUGCCCACCGGUGGCUACGGCAACAGCUUUGGAGGCUGGUAUCAGCAUCAUUCCCCAGAUGUCCUGGCUCCACCUCAGAUGAUGUGAGUCCAGGAAAGGACAGGUCAGGUCCCCAGCCGUCCUGCAAAGCCCAGGCAGGACCCAGCCCAACUGUACCCCUUCUGGGCCUGAGGAAACCAGUUCCAGAUGGGUUCCCUCAGGAGGAUGAGGAGCUUGAGAAGAAAAAGUACUGGGUGGAGUUCUCUCCUCCAUGCCUCUUAACCCAAACAGCCUUAAACUUUGCCCCACCCCCAAUCCUAGACCAAGGACUAGACACCUUCCCUCCAGCGGGUCAAAGGCUCUGGAGACAGAAUUAUUGGCUGGAGUCCAGACUGUUUCCAGCAUCCCUAGUCUAGCCACCCCUUCCUUGAGAGGACUGCAGUCCCACGACAGGCUGGG